CCUACACGAUGUUACAAAACAAAAUACUCCUACGUAAACAGUAUUCCUAUCACUACAUAUUCAAUCAAUCAAGUUAACGAUGAUCAAAAGAACAAAUCCAUAACCGAAUGCAUUUAAAGUCAACGACCCGACCAGCUCACAUUGCACUGACCAAUACAACACGCGCUUUCGGAGACUGAAUCUCUCAAAAACACGUCGUUUCAUUUAAUCCAUACAAAGACUAUAGCCGGCUUAGUUGACUCACACGCCAUUCUCCCUCUAUAAAUAGUACUAUAUUCUAAUACUAACUCAACUCACUACAACUAAAAAACACACUUAGAUCUUCUAAAACCCUAAAAAAAAUAAAAUAUUCAAGAUGGGUUUGGUUAGAUCAGUAUGCUUAUUGGUUACCUUCCUCAGCUAUGUAGUCAUCUCGGUCCAUGGACAAGCCACGAGGGUUGGGUUUUACUCGACCACUUGUCCUACCGCCGAAACCAUUGUCCGAAACGCCGUGACAGCUGGAUUCAACUCUAACCCGAGAAUCGCACCCGGGAUACUAAGAAUGCAUUUCCACGACUGCUUCGUCCUAGGCUGUGAUGGUUCGAUCCUUAUCUCGGGAGCUAACACCGAGCAAACAGCCCGUUCGAACGUCAACCUCCGUGGAUUUGACGUCAUUGAAAACGCCAAAACACAGCUCGAAGCUGCGUGCCCUGGAGUCGUCUCUUGUGCUGAUAUUUUAGCUUUAGCCGCUCGUGACUCUGUCGUCCUCACAAGAGGAAUUAGUUGGCAAGUACCAACAGGACGUAGAGAUGGUCGCGUUUCUUUGGCUUCGAACGCUAACAAUCUCCCUGGGGCCGGUGACUCCGUUGCCGUUCAACAACAGAAGUUCUCCGCUGUGAGACUGAGUACACGCGAACUCGUCGUCCUCGUCGGAGGACACACGAUAGGACAAGCAGGUUGCGGUGCAUUCAGGAACAGGCUAUACAACAGUACUACAGGCCCAGCGGAUACAACCAUUGACCCGACAUUGUUGGCGCAGCUUCAGACACAAUGUCCCCAAAACGGCGAUGCAUCGGUACGUGUUGAUCUCGACACUGGAAGUGGUACCACUUUCGACACCUCAUACUACAACAACCUAAGCCGUGGCCGUGGAGUCCUCCAAUCCGAUCAAGUCCUCUGGUCCGAUCCAGCAACUAGACCCAUUGUGCAACAGUUGAUGAGUCCAAGAAGCACAUUCAACGCUGAGUUUGCUAGGGCUAUGGUCAGGAUGAGUAAUAUUGGUGUGCUUACCGGGGCUAACGGUGAAAUUCGUAGGGUUUGCUCCGCAAUUAAUUAAUUAAACGAUUAAACUCAGUGGUAUGAAUCUUAUGAUAAAAGUUCAUAGCUGGAUAAGUACUUGUUUCGAGUGUGGCUGGUUUCAUAAUAAAUAAAUUAAUAGAAAACGACAUAAUUAAA